AUGGCAUUUCAUACAUUGUACUGGUCAAUUUUGACAAUAAUCGAUAUUUUUGCCAUAUUUUUCAACGCUUUGCUGAUAUUUUUGGCGUGUUUUAAAACACCAAAAGCUGUGAAAACCUAUACGAUUUUGAUUAUUAAUUUGGCAGUAACGGAUUGUGUGGCGGCUAUGGCGAAUUUUUUUGUGCAGCAGAGGUAGUUUUUAGGAUGAGAAAGAAGAUUUCAAAAAUACGCACAAACUCUGUCAUUUUCUCAAUUUUUGCAGAAUGAUUCCUGGUGGCUGGUCAAUUGGCUACAUUUCGAACGGCCCUUGCACAUAUUUCAACUACAAAGUCUGUUUUUUAGGUCAUAAUAUUAUGGCGAGUAUGAUAACUCAUUCAAAUUACUCACUAUUUUUAUCAUUUGCUUAUAGAUAUUAUGUUUUGCUGAAAAAUGAGCCGCCAAAAAAUGCGGUGAUUUUGGUAGUCUUUUUAACCUAUACACCUUCUUUUAUACAGUUGGUGGGUUUUAGAUUUUUUUUCAUUUUUCGCUCUAAUAAAUCUCAAUAUUUGUAGAUUUUUUAUCAAUUUGCUUCUGGAAAUCCAAAUCGUAUCGAGGCCCAUCUUCAGAAAAUUUACCCAAACUACGAUUUCACAGGACUUGUUAUCAGUGGUGUAGAAGAUAUUCGAAAUGUUUUUGCGCUCACAAAAAUCCUCCAAAUGACCCUGAUGACAAUCCCAAUUUAUUUAGGAAUUAUUAUUUUGAGAGCAAAAAUCAUCAAAAAAUUGACCACUUUCAGUUCAAAAUUCAGCAAAUCUACCAAAAAUUUGCACUCUCAAUUUUUGGCCGCUUUGACAUAUCAAGCACUUAUUCCAUCAAUUUACACGACUAGCGUAUUUAUGUAUAUUUUAGAGCAAUUCGGGAUUUACAGUAACCCAAUGAUGGAGGAUUAUAUAAUCUCGGGGCUCGUUUUAAUUCCACUUUUUUCGCCGAUUUCAUCGUUUAUUUUUGUGGCGCCUUAUCGAAGAUAUUUUUUGGCGUUGAGAAUUUUUAGAUCCAGACAAAUUGGUGUGGAAAAAUUGAAUAACUCAAAUGUGAACACCGCGUCGAUUUAUAAUGCCGUAUGA